AUGUUGAAAAGUAAAAAGUCAUUCAAGUUCAAGUGCACCUCCCUCGCCAAGGAGCCUGACAACCAGCAGGGAGUCCACUUGGAAACCUACUCAUCAGAAAGGGAUUUGCAAUCUGCUGGACAAGAACCUGCAUGGGGCAAACAGAAAUUUCAGGACACUGUUGCCCUGGUGCAACCCUCCCCCUGCUUCAGUCCAAGAAAGUCAUCAACUCAAAUAUCUCUUUCAAAAAACAUACGCGUGAUUCAAAAGAGAAGCACCAUCAGAACUGGGGCCAGGGACUUGAAGAGAUUGUCUUCUGGUAAUAAGUUGAAGUCAGUUCCUUCAGUUAUUGUUACUCCAGCCAGCAGGAAGGUGAGCCAUGACCCUGUCUGGAUGACUGAACAGCCACCCAAAUUUCAGCACUCUGCCUCAGACAUUCAGCCAGGUGUUGAAGAAAUAUGUUAUGCAACACCAGCCACACCACUGAGCAGGAUUCAGCAAGAAAAUCUGACAAUUUCCUCACUGGAAUCAUACACUGACUCCAACAUGGGUCUAACUAGUGGUGUGGGGAACUUGAAUUAUGGAACAAUUGGAACAACAAGCAAGAAGAAAAUGUCUCUGCCUCAGUACCAUUCAUUCCCCAGUACCUGUGAGAAGAAAAGGAAUUCUGUCACUGUCAGUGGAAAAGUGCCACAAAUGUUGACCAAGUUGUUGAAUGAUGCUGUGGCAGCUGAGAAAACUUCUGCUACUGCAAGAAACAGCAGCUUUUAUUCAGGCAACAUUGCUGCCACUGGACACCCAGUGCCCAGGCCAUCCAGAUUCAAUUCCAUUGCAUCUGCACCACCUGCUUUCCAUCCUAACCAUCAGAUGGAUAUGCUGGAAAUGAGUGAUGGACAUUUUGAAGAUGGUCCCUUCAACAAGUAUGCACAGCAACCAAGUUUUUCUGGGGACUUUUCCUCUUUUCCUGAGCAACAGUUCCUCAACACAUCAGACAGUGGACAUGAUGUGGACAGGUGCACUAUGACAUGGGAUGUUCUUGUGGACACAGUGAUGCAGUUGAGGACAAAGAUGGAGAAGCAUGGGGACUACCACAAUGUUGCCAGCACUUAUUUCCUGCUUACAUACUCAGGACAUGGGUUCCCGCACUGGUUCCUCCCAAUGGGCUUUCUUAGGAAGGGCUUUUGGAUUGCCCUGGUGCUCAUUUUUGUUUACUGCAUGUUUGCCCAGAGCAUGCAAACAUGGGACAAUUAUAUGACUUACCCAAAGACUGUCUCUGUCUAUGUGAUGGAUGAGGACAAGGCAGACUUCCCAGCAGUCACAGUGUGCAACUUCAACAUGCUCAGCAAAUCCAGGCUUUUAUACCAGGAGAAAACAGACAGGACACAAUUACCCAGGCAACUUGAGGAUGUGCUGCACUUGGAAAGGCGGUUUGACAGGCUCCUGAGAAGGGUUGACAGUGGUGACACUUUCUUGAAGCAAAAGGACAUGAAUUUUUCCAGGAUUUGCACCAACAGCUACUUGAAGUGGCAGUCUCCAAAGGAUAAAAAGAAGCCCAGGAAAACAAACCCCUGUCAACUCAUUCAAAAGUUGGGAAGGGGCAGAUUUCCUGAACCAGUGGACACAUUCCUGAAAUAUCUGUGGCAAGAAGAAACAGGAUACAAUUGGACUGAUUCAGUCAUGCUUCCACAUCCUGAAGACGUGUUUCUUUGCAACGGAGAAACAUUCAUUGCCAUGAAUGACACAGCCUUAGCAGACAUUUGUGGGAAGUCGUUCUAUGACCCAGCUUCAAACAGGCCUUGCUUGACAUCUUAUUUGGAAUCCCAAGGAGUACCCCUCAAUGUACUUUGCUUCCCUCUGAACAGAAUUUGUGAUGGUUCAGAAGAAUGUGGGCCUGAUGAUGACAGUGAUGAGUCACUGUACUGUGAUGUUGACACUGGAAAACCAAAGUGUGACUCUUCAGAGAACCUGAAGGCCUGUGACAAUGAGAUGUGUUAUCAGAGCUCUUUGCGCUGUGAUGGCUUUGAAGAUUGCACAGAUGGCAGUGAUGAAUGGGAUUGUCAUGGACUGAAGUAUGACAAGUCAUGUGGCUGCUAUGUCAUCUGCCACCAAACUGACAUCUUAACUGGUUCCAUCAUAUUCUCUAACUCAAGCAGCAGUGAAACUGAUGCUAAUGACAAUAAUGGAGAACAAUGUUAUAGACUAAGCCCAUUUGAUGGAGUCUAUGAUGGGAAUGUGGAGAAAAUCAUGAUGAGGACCAAGACUGCUGGGGAACUCACAGAGGCCAGUUCUAUUCUGGCCCCAACUGUGGAGGAAAUCAAGAAAUUUGGAGUCAGGGGUCAAGACUUUAUUGUUUCCUGCUCCUUUGAUGGUGUCCCAUGCUCUUAUAAGGACUUCUACAAAUGGCAGAACCAGGAGUAUGGGAACUGCUUCACAUUCAAUAGUCCCUUAUUGGCUGUGGCAACUGGAGGUGAAGACAAGGUCUACAGAACAACCAAGUUUGGACACAGGUAUGGAUUGAAGCUCACCCUGAACAUAGAAAGAGAUGACUAUCUGUCUUCUGUGACAAGAACACAAGGAGCCAGGAUGCUCAUCCAUAAUAGAGCAGAAAUUCCUUUUCCAGCAGAGAAUGGCAUUGACUUGUCACCACUUCUAGAGACUUCUGUGGAUGUAAAAAGGGUAUACAACAUGCUUUGCCAUUCCAAAUUGGGGUCUACUAUCGAUCAACCAUAA